ACCCGAACAACCAAACGAGCAUAAAGAACCCGAAAAUCCAAACGAGCCUAAAGAACUCGAACAACCAAACGAGAAUAAAGAACCCGAAAAUCCAAACGAGCCUAAAGAACUCGAACUACCAAACGAGCAUAAAGAACCCGAAAAUCCAAACGAUCCUAAAGAACUCGAACAACCAAAUGACUCUAAAGAACUCGAACAACCAAAUGACUCUAAAGAACCCGAACAACCAAACGAGUCUAAAGAACCCGAACAACCAAACGAGCCUAAAGAACUCGUACCACCAAAAGAGCCUAAAGAACCCGAACAACCAAACGAGUCUAAAGAACCCGAACAACCAAACGAGCCUAAAGAACUCGUACAACCAAAAGAGCCUAAAGAACCCGAAAAUCCAAACGAACCUAAAGAACUCGUACCACCAAAAGAGCCUGAACAACCAAAAAAGACUGAACCCGAGCCGCCAAAUGAGCCCGAACCCGAGCAAGCAAAAGAACCCGAUUGUGUUGAAGAUGAAGUAACUACAUGUCCAAAUACUUGGGCAAAUUUGCUAAAGUUAAAGUUUAAAAUUCUUAAAAUUUUCUCAAAUGAUGUCAUUAUUAGAGUUGGAAAAGGUUCAAAUAUCAAAGAAUUUCAGUUAUCUUAA